UGAAAAUUACUGUCAAGUGUCAACCUCUCACACCUCAUCUCAUCCUCUCUUGUUUCAUUUUUCCAAUUUACAAUUAUACCCCUUUCAUAUAUAAGACAAAAAUGAAAAAGAACUUAUUACUUUGGUGGAGUAAUUGGUAUUUUGCUUGGCUGUUGCCCACUUGUUCUAUUGUAGGGUUGUUUUGGUGGGAUUUUAUUUAAUUAAUAAUUACUUCACAAAAUAAAUAAAAAAUAAAUAAAUUUAUCUUCAACUCUUCAAACACUUUAUAAUUAACUCUCUUUACCUUUUUAUUUUUGGUAAAAUGAAAAUGUGAUAUUAUGACUCAAUUAUGAUGACUUGACUACCCAACAUCAUCCUACUACAUAUAAUUUUCUCAUUAAUUAUAAUAAUAUCAUAUGAAAACAAAUAAUGAUUAAAAUGAAUUAUAUGUAUAUAUGUUAAUAUUAUUGCUUAAUUAACAUUCUUGAGUCUUCACACACUCCAUAUGACCCUACCUCACUACCCAACUUGAUUCAAAAAUUUGGAAUUUUUAUGAAAUGAAUUUUGAAUUAAUUUUUUAUAAUUAAUCUUAAAUUUUUUUCAUGAGGAGAAAAGGGUCAAACAUAUAAUAAUGAAAAUUUUUAUAAUGCAUUCCAUUAAAAGAAAUAUGCUAAUGUAACUGAUGUAUUUUUAUCUGUUUUAGUAUCCGAAAUAAUUUUUUAGUCAUAUUUUUUUUUGUAGUCAUUUACAUUAUAAUUAUUUAAGACAUCAUGUAAAAUUUUAAAAACUUUAAACAAAUUUAACACACCAAAAACAUAAUUUAAACAGUAUGUUGCACGCAUGACGAUUUUAUUUUGUAUGCAUGUAAGAUAGGUUGUUUGAACAUUAUUUUCUAUAUUGUAAAUUAUUCUAAAAUUUUUAAAAUUUUGUAGGAUAUCUUACAUAACUAUAACGUAUACGAAUAUAAAAAAAUUGGACUAAUUUUUUUUUCUAUAUGUUGAAAUAGGUAGAGGGUGCAUCAGUGCAUUCUUUUUAAGGGUACAUAGAAUCACUUUAUAACUAUUAUUAGAGUAUUGCUAUUGGCCAUUAGUGGUACCCCACUUUUUAUAGGUGUCGCUCUACGAUUUGUUAUCGAUAUUUUCUAAAAGUUAUUUUCUUUAAUAACAUGAGUCUCGAUACUUAAUUACACCAAUAACAAUAUGACACCGAGGAAGGUACUGAACACUAAUUAUUAUUAUUAUUAGAGCAUUGUUAUUAACUACCAAUAGUGUCCAAAAUCUUUUAUAAGUGACGCUCUAUGAUUAAUUAGUGAUGUAUUUUUUAAAAAUUAUUUCUUAAGUUAUAUAAAAUCCGAUACUUAAUUACACUAAUAGCGAUAUGGACACCAAAUUCUCUAAUUAUUAUUAUUUAUGUAAAAAAGAGAAAAAAAGACUAAGAGCCCAAUAGUCUUGACUAGUUCAGUCAACUGGAGCUGCUGGUUGGUUGUCUCUCUUUCUCUCUCUAAAUAAAAAUAGAAUCAAAAAUGUGCUUAAGCACUACUACUACCCCUACAGCUGACGUGUCACAUUUCGAUUGGGUAAUACCCGACACGCAAGCUCUACUUUUUCGUAUUCCAACAAUUCAAAGACCGUAGGGGGGUGGAGGUCACGUGGAUAUAACGCAAGGGGUGUACAGUAGUAAUCCUGUACUGCGUCACACGUGAUAAUUACUUCUCCUCAUUACAAAAAUCCAAAACCCAAAACGAAAUAUACGAAACGAGAAAAAUAAAAAGGAGAAAAAUAUAUAUUAUAAUUAAUAAAUAAAUAAAUAAAUAAAAAAGGAAAAAUAGAAAGGAGAUGAAAAUGUGUAAACGAAGACCAGAAGACUUAGAAGACUAAAGAGGAAGAAGAAGACGAAGAAGAAGAGGUGUAAAUCGUUUAAAUCCUUAGCUUUGAAGCUCGAUCUCUUCAGCUGCUGUGUUUGAAAGAUUCUGAGGACUUGUUUUUCGGAAUCGCGCACCAGACCCAUCUCCAUCAAGAGUUUUGGGGGUUUGAUUGAACUUCAAGUCUGUGAUGCUGUUGAGGAAAUAAGGGAUUCUCUUGAAGAGCUUUUGGUUUUGAUUUUUGUUGUUUAUAUAUUUAUAUAAAUAUAUCAGAAGAAGAAGAAGAAAAAAAUGUUGGAGGGUGGUCAAAAGUUUCCUGGAAUUAUAGGUAUGAGUAAUCAGGACAACAACUACUGUGAUUUGUCCCAAGGGUUUUAUUAUAAGCUCGAUGAAGGGACCAAUAUGUCUGUUGAUAGUUUUGGGAGCUUGCAAACUAGCAAUGAUGGAGGAUCUGUUGCUAUGUCUAUAGAUAACAGCAGUGUGGGUUCUAAUACUAAUGAUUCCCACACUCGUAUCUUGAAUCACCAAGGCCUUAGACGACGUGCAAAUGAUAAUUACUCUGUCCAACAGAGUGUUAACCGUAGAGGAAGAGUUAUGCAUGUUCUGAGUGAUGAUGCCCUUGCUCGAGCUUUAAUGGACAGUAAUUCCACGACAGAAGGUCUUGAGGAUUAUGAGAACUGGACCAUUGAUUUAAGGAAGCUAAACAUGGGGGAGGCCUUUGCUCAAGGGGCUUUCGGAAAGCUAUAUAGAGGAACUUAUAAGGGUGAGGAUGUUGCCAUUAAGAUUUUGGAGAGGCCAGAAAACGACCCCGAAAAGGCUCAGCUAAUGGAGCAACAGUUUCAGCAGGAAGUUAAGAUGCUGGCUACACUGAGGCAUCCCAACAUUGUUCGGUUUAUUGGGGCUUGCCGCAAACCAAUGGUCUGGUGCAUUGUCACUGAAUAUGCUAAGGGUGGUUCUGUUAGGCAAUUCUUAAUGAAGCGUCAAAGUCGCUCGGUUCCCUUGAAAUUAGCAGUCAAGCAAGCUUUGGAUGUUGCAAGGGGAAUGGCAUAUGUUCACGAGCUCGGGUUGAUCCACCGAGAUCUUAAGUCUGACAACCUUUUAAUCUUCUCCGACAAAUCCAUAAAAAUUGCUGAUUUUGGGGUUGCCCGGAUUGAGGUGCAGACAGAAGGAAUGACACCAGAAACAGGGACAUAUCGCUGGAUGGCUCCUGAGAUGAUCCAGCAUAGGCCGUAUACGCAGAAAGUGGAUGUUUACAGUUUUGGAAUAGUUCUUUGGGAGCUUAUCACGGGGAUGCUCCCAUUUCAGAACAUGACAGCAGUGCAGGCCGCGUUUGCAGUUGUCAACAAAGGUGUCCGUCCUAUCGUUCCCAAUGAUUGCUUACCUGUUCUGGGUGAGAUAAUGACUCGAUGCUGGGACGCCAAUCCUGAUGUGAGGCCACCCUUCACCGACGUGGUUAGAAUGCUUGAAAACGCGGAGACAGAGAUCAUGACAACUGUGCGGAAGGCUCGUUUCAGGUGUUGCAUGACCCAACCGAUGACAGCAGACUGACCGACCAACCAAACCUCUGGAGAAAAAGGGAAAAAAGAGAAAAAUGUUACAAGAAAAAGAAAGAGAAAAAGAAGAAACUUGGAAAAAAAAAAAAACGAAAAGGAUAAAAAGAAAAAAGAAAAGAGAGAGAGAGAAAGAGAGAGAGAGAGAGAGAGGCAAGAGAAGGUCAUUAUAUUGUUGUAGCUUUUGUGUAUUUAUCAGGUUAAUUAUUAUCUUUGGUUAAGAUAGAAAAAAAAAGGAAAAGUGAUGAAAGGAAUAUUUGGUUUUGGGGGUUCUUCCUUCUUCUGUUAUUAAUAGAUUCGGUUGCUGCUGCUGAGUUAGUAAAAUAGGAUAUUUGUGUGUGUGUAUAUACAUAUACAUAUACAUAUAUAUCCUUGUUUAGUUCUGUUUUGGGGUUUCUGUUGUCUCUUUGCUAUGUAUUAACACCUCCCUUGUUUAGUUCUGUUGUAUUGACAUAACGCAAGAUGUUGGGUUCUCCAUCCACCAAAUAUAUGUCAAGCACGCAAUUGUUGUAUUUUUUUUUUCUUUUUCUUUUAGGGGGGAAAGACUAAACAUAUAUAUAUAUAUAAUAUAAUAUAAUAUGUCAAUUUUUAUA